UUUUCAUGAAAAAAGACUCACCCAUCCCUUGUGAAAGAAAGAAAAAAAGAAAUUAGGGCGAAUUAGGUCUCCAUAAGGUCGUCCCCGGAGGCAGAGGAGCCGCGAUGCUGUGAUUGUCAACCGAGCAGGUAUUCUGGUGGCACCAAUCGCGCUCUCGCCGACAAUGCAGCGAUCGUCCUAGCGAUCGAUCGAUCGAUCGAUCGCUCGCUCGCUCCGGAGAAGAGCAGAGAAAUGAUCUGGGCAGGAUUCGCGUACGCCGCGGGCGCCGCGAUCGGCCACAGCUGCAUCGAUGCCAGCAGGAAAUGGGCGUCCCAGCGCUUCUCGGACCGCGAGCUCGUAGCUCUGGUGGCUCUCCUGGACGCGCUGCUCCUCUCCUCCAUGGCGCUCCUCUCCGGCGGCUUCGAUCUCUUCUCUUUGACGCGGCUGGACACCGAGUACGUCGCCGCGCUCCUCGUCACCGCGGCGAUCAAGGCUCUGGUGGGGUUCAUGUACCAGCGUGCUCUCCACGUCUCCCCUCUCUCGGUCACUGUUCCUUAUCUAGCUUUCACUCCAGUUCUUCUGGUUUUUACGAGCUAUGUGAUCAUCAACGAGCUCCCGAGCUCGCAGGGGCUCAUGGGAAUCGUGGUGGUCACUCUCGGCGGCUACUUCCUCGCGCUUGAUCACCCGGCGGAGGUGGAGGUGAAGAAAUCCGACGAGCCCCCGGGCAAGAUCGUCUCGAUUCUUCCUUUGCUUCCUUGGAACUCGUCCAAGGCUUGUGACAAGGUCCCAAAGUUUUCCACCGAUGGCGAUGGUGUCGUGCUGGAUCUCAGUGAGAAGAACUCCCCUCCGGUGGCGAUUCCUGGAGGGAAUUCUUCCUGGUGGCCACAGAUUCAAUGGGAAGAGGGGACGCUUCUCAUGCUGGGUGUUGCAGCGUUACUGAGCAUAAGUAACAGCCUUGACAAAAUGGCUGGUCACUUGGCACCAUCGCUUCUCAAUUUUGCUGCUCUCCAACGAGGCUUUACGGCCGUUCCCGUGGUUUUAUAUCUACUUGUCACAAGCCCAAAGUCGUUCUCGCUUUUGAUUCACUUCUUUCCAGUGCUGCUGGCCAUCUCUCUGUUUGAGGUUGUAGCCUUCAUUUGCUACCUCAAGAGCUUGGAGAUCCUGCUCGUCUCGUACGCUGUUGCGGCUAAGCGCAGCAACGUGCUACUCUCAGUUUUGAUAGGAAGAGUGAUGUUCAAGGAAAAGAUAUGGAGGCGAUUGCCAUUCAUUUUGAUGAUGGUUGGCGGAAUGACGCUCAUUUUGCUGGCUUAAAGCGAAUUUCGUUUGUUCCUCUGCGCUGGUAAACCCUAAACCUCGAACAAAAGGAGGAGGGCGAAGAAAAUUCUUGUUAGUUUGAACUGUGGAUAUAUCUUGUAAAAACUAGUCAUUCUAUUUUC